AUGACGAGUAAUGAAUCUUUGGUUUAUUUUGAUCACAAUGCGACAACUCCAAUGGCACCAGAAGUAAUUAAAGGUAUAUGUGAUUCACUGGUGAAUGAUUGGGGUAAUCCAAGUUCGUUGCAUUCAUAUGGAGCCAAAGCCAAAGCGAGCAUCGAUAAAGCAAGAAAGGAAAUAGCCAACAUGGUACAUUGUGCUCCUAUAGAAGUUAUAUUUACAUCAGGUGGAACUGAAAGCAAUAACAUAGUUAUUUAUAGUGCAUAUAAACAAUAUAAAGAAAAUAAAAUGAAAGCGAGUGGAAGUAAAAGUGAUGAUGAUAAACCUCAUAUGAUAACGACAAAUGUCGAACAUGAUUCUGUAUUAUUACCAAUCAAACGUUUAGAAGAUGAAUCCAGUAUCACAUGUACAAUAGUAAAAGUUCAUAGCAAUGGAUGUGUGAGAGUUGAAGAUAUCAUAUCGAAAAUAACAGACAAUACGUGUUUAAUAACAGUCAUGGCUGCCAACAAUGAAACAGGUGUUAUAAUGCCUAUAACAGAUUUAGGAAAACAAAUACACGAUGUAAAUGUCGAAAGGAAAAAAAAACAAAUGAGAGAAAUAUUAUUUCACACGGACGCCGCGCAAAUAAUAGGAAAAGAACAAAUCAAUUUUCACGAAAUGAAUUUAAAUUUUUUAACAAUUGUCGGUCAUAAAUUUUACGGUCCUAGAAUCGGGUGUCUCAUUGCAAAAUCAACGACUCAGGUUUAUCCGGUUUUCGUUGGGGGCGGACAAGAGAAAAAUAUGAGACCGGGUACGGAAAACACUCCCAUGAUAGUCGGAUUAGGUAUAGCGGCAAAAUUAGUUAGCGAUAAUAUAAAACAAUACAAGGCGACCAUGUUGAAAUGUCGCGAAAAAUUAGAAUCGAGAUUACAUGAAGUUUUCGGGGAUGAUAUAAGGAUCAAUUGCGAGGAUAGUUUGAGAUUGCCCAACACUACGAACGUAUCAUUUAAAGAAAUGGGAUUGGAAGGGACUCUAAUAUUAAGCAGAUGUAAACAUUUAAUUGCCGGCGUGGGAGCCGCGUGUCACUCCUGUCUAUUCUCACAGGUUUUAGUCAAUUCCGGAGUCUCCCCAAACAUGGCUAAAAAUUCAAUAAGGUUAUCAUCCGGAAGGAAUACGUCACUUCGAGACGUCGAAACCAUCGUACAAGAUUUGACAAACGCCGUAAAUAAACUCAAAGCAAGUUUAUAA